AUGAAUUAAAACUAGUCUCUUGUAACUGGAGGAGAACUCUAGCACCCAUUAAAUUACUCUAGCUUUAUAAAUUCUCAACUUUCACUAUAGUCCUAGAAAAGUUAAAGAAAAGUAAACUUUUAUGCAAGACCAUAAACAACGAUGCUCCCAAAUAAUUCUGUAGUUUCAUCUUCUACUAAAAACAAUGAAAUGCCAGCCAGAGAAAUCAAACUAAGUGCAUUUGCAACCACUAGAAGAGGUUCAAUGGAUGAGGCGUUGAAUGCAUCUACAGUAGUUGAAUCAACUGAUAAGGAAAAGGAACUCAAAAAAUAAAUGAAUAAGUCAUCUGCGCACAUAAAGCCAGAUGUAUUAUUUCAUAAGAAACAAAUGCGCUCAAAUACUCCUUUUUAAAACAACCUUGACUAUCAGAUGUCUAGCCUAUUUCCAGACUUGACAAUUAAUAGAAACAAGAUCAGAUUAUAAUCUAUAACUCCUGAAAUUGCUGCCAAUGUAGUUAAAGAUUACAUUUUGCCUAUGUUUGAAAAUGAUGGGAAGAAAUUUAUCAAGAGGAAAAAUCUUAGAAAGCUCCUUAACAAUUAAUCAGGCUAGCCAAUAGAAAAUCCUAAUAUCGACAUGAAUCCAGUUAUGCACGAUGAUGAUAGAAAAAAAGAGAUAGAGAAGCUUAAGAGUGGGAAGCUUUCAAACACAGUCUACUCUGAGAUGAAGUUGUCCAAGAUUCUUUAGGACUAAAUCAAUGAACUAAAAGAAGAAAUAAGGCAACUUAACGAGACCAUUUAAGACCUAUAUUAAGACAAACAGAAGAUGGUAAAAAGAAUGAAGGAUAAUAAUAUGAAGACAAUCAAGAAUAAUAAUGAGAUGCAUGUACUUAUAUAGCAAUUAACUAUUUCUGAAAAAUAAAGAGUAAUGCUUGCUAUGUAAAAUCAGAAUAUGGAGUAGUAAAUUAAAUAGCUAAAAGCUUUGUUUAUUUAUAAUGAGGAUAGCAGAAGAUAGUUUAAACAACAAUAUAGAGCAGGCUUGCUAGAUUUGGAAAAUGAUGUAAUGCGAGAAAAAUUAUAAAGAUUAUAUGAUGCUAUGGAUUCCUUAGGUUCAGCUAAAAUUAUUGAAGACAGAUACUAGUCUAAACUAUUAAUAGAAGAUCAGAAGAUGAGAAACUAGGCAGCUUAGAUUGAAAUACUGCAAAUGGAUAUUAAAAAAUAUCUGUCUGAGUCAAAUGAUUAGAGCUUAUUUUUAAAGGAUUUACAGGUUAAAGUAGCCAACUUACAAGUUGAGAAGAUAAAACAGAAUGCUUACUUCAAGGAAAAGGUUGCAUUACUGGAGAAAGAUAGAGAUGAAGCAAUUUAGAUAAAAGAAACUAAGCAAGAAGAAUACAUUAUGCUUUUGAAACAAUUUCAGAUCAUUGCAAAUGAAAGAGAGAAAUUAAAGAACAAAAUCUAAAAACUAAAGCAGAGAAGAAACAUAGACUUCAAUCAGAAGAUUUGCAGAAACUGUGGAAGGGAAUAUCUCGAAAGUGAAAUGUGGUGGUGUUGUGGCAAGACUGGAAUAGAUGCACAUGGUUGCAAAUAUAGCAAGCAUGAGUCGAAAAAUGAAGAGGAUGAGGAUAAGGACAACUUAGAUGAUGACUUACUAAGGUAGAAGUAGCUGAAAUGCUUUUGUUGCAAGGAAAAAGGUCAUAGGACUGAAAAUUGUCCCAGAGAUCCCAACAUCAGAUAAAAUAUGGAUGUCUCUAAAGAGGAUAUGAGGAUAAAAGAGAUAAAGGACAACAAGAAGCUUAAUGGAGAUUCGGUGCUUAUUAACGGUAAAUUGAUGGAAAUUCUUUCUAAAAAGAAGUAAUAAGAUAUCUUUGGCUAGGAUAUUAUGUCUUUUGAUGAUUUCAAUUACGGACUUCUCAAUGACUAUAUUUUCAAUAUGAUAAAAUCAACGAUUGAGUCUCAAGAAAAAUCAUCUGAAAGUUCGUUCAAGAUUGAUGAUGAUGAUGACGAGAGAUAGUAAUAAUAAUCUUAAACUUCUAAUAGCCUCACGAGAAAGCAGACUAUCUUUUCACAUCAAAUGAACAGUAUGUUUAAGAGAUAAACAACAACAAAACCGAAAAAGCUGUUUAACAAAGGUUAAGUAAAUUAGAUAAUUGAGAGUCAAAAUAAUGAUGUUUUCAAUGAAUUAAUCAACAUCAAGAUGGAAUCAGUAAUUGAGAAUCUCAGGACUAAGAAUUUCAUUAAUCUAGAGGAUGAACUUGGAAUGAUGAUUACUCAUCAUGAGAACUUGAAAAAGACAAAGUCAAAGAGAGGACAAAGUGUUCAAGGUUCAACUGGAUCUAAAACUAUAUAUUUGUCCUAAACAAACUCAAUGAUUCAUUUAAAAUAAGAUUAAAAUCAAACUUUUACUCCAAAAAAUGGCUAAUUUCUUGAAGUACCUGGUAAAAAUCCUUUAGAUAUUGUAAAAGAGGACUCAUUUGAAUCUUCGCUUAGAUCCCAUUAGAAUUAAUCUCCAUAAAAAUCAUUGUUUCACAUUCAGCUGAGACCUCAAAAAUGGAAUCUAGACAAUAUGAAUGAUAUUAAUGAGAACGAUGAUAAUGGCUUGAGAGAAUCAUUUGAGCAUGAAGCUGUUUAUCCAGUGGUUAGACUUUCAUAGCAAAAUGUGCAAUAGUUUGAAUAAGAUCUUAAAAAAAAUCAAGAAAAAAUCAGAAGAAUGAAUUCUUUCAAAGCAAAACCAAGUACAUAAUCACCUAGUAUCGAUAGAUAGAGUUUCUAGAAUUUAAAAGACAGCUAAAACCAGAAAAUAAAGAUUAUGCUAGGAAAUGAUGAAGAUUCUAUAAGUAAGGAAAAUAUUUUCAAUGAGAGAAAUAAAUAAAAUUUUAAAAAGCAUGUAGAAGUUAAAUUAGACCCAGGAACACCUAGAAGGGCUCUUAGUAAUGAAGCAUUAAGUAACGCUAGAAUUAGAAGCUAAAUGGCAAUUUAAUAGUUGAAUAAUUCUGUCAUUGAUAAUAAUCAUCUACAAGUAAAUGGUGGUGCCAAAUAUAAGUAAAACUAAGUUAAUUCAUUUUCUUCUCUGAGUUCAGAUUCAGAUUUAGACUAACCUUCACAAUUGGAAGAUAAUAUGAAGCUAAAGAAGAAGAAUUCCUUAUCUCCAAGCAGGAAAAUAAAAGAGGAAUAAAAAAUUGAGAAGAAAGUCUUAAGAGAUAUAAAAAUGAAAUAGAAAGAAAAAGAAAAAGACACAGAUAAAUUAAAACAAGAAAAUAAAAAAUAAAGCAAAAAGUUUGUUUAAAUCAAAGAUUGA